CUGUAGAUUUAUAGGAAAAUUAAUAGUACAACCGUGUUGCCAUAACAUGGAGUUCGAAGUGAUUAUUAGCCAAGGGUUUCGGCUUAGCAAACUAACGCUACAAGUACAAUCUGAUAGUCACUGAAGAUUAAUUGAAUACAAUAGUAAUUUCAUGUGUAAUAUUCUACGCCGAUUUACAUUCUUUUUUUUUUUAAUAAUUAAGUUGCAAAUUUCAAAUUAUUGAUCCGGAAACGUGUGUCUGACCACAUUUUGUCUAAACGAUAGUAUAUUAAAAAUUCGUUAAUGAACAGCAUUACCAAUUAAGGAGAGACGUGUUCGCAUUUUGUACUUUAUUUCAGAGAUGAUAACUCAUAAUGAAGAAUUUUGGGUUAAUUUUCCUUUUGGGACUGAAAAUCGCCAUGGGAAAUUAUUUAGGUGAACGAUUCGAAGCACUUUCGUCACCAAAGUUGUAUUCCAAAUACAUUCUACGGUAUUUAUCUCAAGAAACCGUUAGACUGACGCCUAAAUGUUACGAUCAACUGGCAGAUUUCGCGUUGAAUUUGAAAGAGGAUGCCGAUUGGGCGUUAGAUAUGUACGAUGCCGCCGGAAAGCUUCCGGCUGGAGUGUUGAGCGGCAACUUUGUGUCUAUGGGCUUCUUUGAUGAAUGUAUGGCUGUUGAAGAGCUUCGUAUGGACAACGCGAGCAUAUCGGGGAAAUAUUGCUUAGGAUUGCUUGGUCUUGACCUUCCUAAGUCUUCUGUAAAAAGGUGGAGACGUUCAACAUCUCAAAUAACUGUCCCAACGCAGAUGAAUUUUUCGGUCUGCUUUCCAAAUUCUUGUACCGCAAGUGACAUUGAAAAUACAGCAAUUGGGAUAGGACUCAAUUUUAGCCUAAACGAAAACAUGUGCCAAACGAAAGCGACUCAAGCGCAAAUUACGACUGGGGGAUACGUAACCUUGGCGCUUGCGGCUGUGAUCCUGUUCCUUGUGAUUGCGUCAACCAUAUAUGAAGUGACCUAUGAAGGUGAACAGCACUGGGCAUUGAAAGCAUUUUCAGUACGUUCCAACAGUAAAAGAAUUUUUACUAUUAGUCGACCUAGCCCAACGAAAAUUUCAUGUCUGAGUGGACUGAGGGUACUCGCAAUGACAGGGGCCAUCGUGACUCAUGUUUAUUUUUACCGCUACCGAAAAAAAAUUAUCAUGAAUGCGUAUUACAUGACCUACUGGAAAAAUCAAUUUAUAAAUACGCCAUUGGUCAAUCCGGACAUGGUGGUUGAUGUUUUUCUUUUGAUUAGCGGAUUCCUGUUGUCGUACACUUAUUUAUACAACACUGCAAAAGGUCACCAAUUUAACAUCGUCACGCACUACGUCGGAAGAUAUCUACGACUCACACCGUGCAACUUGACAGUGCUCUUGUUUAUGUUGACCUGGUUCCAAUAUAUCGGUUCUGGCCCAUUGUGGAAUCUAGCUGAUGAAAUCGUAGAGCCAUGCCGAACAAAUUGGUGGUCUUACUUGCUCUACGUUCAAAAUUUUACGCCAACUUUGUGCAUUCCACCAACUUGGUACCUCUCCGUCGAUUUCCAAAUGUUCAUCUUUUCUCCCAUUUUGCUAAUACCACUAAAGCACUGGCCAAGGCAAACUUUCAUAUUCACCAUCUUUCUAACGCUGAUGUCUAUUAUUACACUGUUCGUGCUAGCUUGGGUGUAUAAGAUGGGUGCUUCUUUCUACACUCAUGACUCUAACUACGAUGAUUAUUUUUACUUCUUUCUACCUACGCGAGCAUCCUCCUGGCUCAUUGGUUUUAUAUACGGUUACAUUUUGUACAUGCUAGAGACAAAGAGGGAACCAACCAAAGUACCAAAAAGAUUAAUAGUAGCAUUGUUGUUGGGUGCUAUAAUUGUAAUGCUAAUCUGCCUUUUUGGAACUUAUCAUAUAGACAUCGCACCUUACAAUCGUUUCGAAAACUCGUUCUGUUUGGCUCUGAUACGGCCAGCAUUAUUGGUAGCAGUGGGAUACCUUAUCUGUUGCUGUCAUAUGGGAUAUGGAGGCAUCGUCAACACAUUUUUAUCCAACCCAGUCUUUGAGGUGGUUGCAAGACUGUCAUUCAAUAUAUAUCUGGUCCACUACCUUAUAGUAGAAUACAACAUCUGCACCGUAAGAGUUCCGGUUUACAUAAGCAACUACUCAUCAUUGGUUAACGAUCUACCAGGCGUCCUAGCUCUGUCGACCAUUGCAGCAAUAGUGCUCACCUUGGCUAUUGAACUGCCAGUUCAACAUUUUGUGGACCGUCUCGUCAAGAGCAGCAGAAAGGAGAGCUCCAAAUCAUCUUUACUAGCCUUCAGUUAAAGCAUUCAUGUUAGGUACCGUACAGCAAGUCUCAAGUUUAACGCAUAUGUAACUUAAAGCUCAAUUGCUGGAUAGCAACUGAUACCACAAAUAAAAUGGAAUUU